AUGCUCCACCUCUCAGGCAAAAUACUUAUAUGGAAUGCUGCCUUGAAUGAAGUGCAACAGGAGAGCAAGCAACAAGCUGAGUCUUCUGGAGUGAAAAUAGCUAACACGGGUGCACUUUGUUGUGUGGCCGCUGGGCCACAUGAAGCAAAAACAAAUACAGGUGGAGACCACUCCACAGAUCAUGGAGAACCACAAUGGCGGACAAACUCUAGCUUUUCUCCUCCUCCAUUGCGGACAUGGGAUUGUAGAUUGCAAUCAGACGGUUUGCCUCAUGGGUCCUAUGGUGCUCCAGAACAUGGUUCAUCAUUUUCCUUAAAUAGCAAAGGAAACAGAAGUGGGGUGGACAGCGACGAUAGGUAUGCUAACCAUCAUCAUUCUGUGUCUGACGGUGCACUUUCCUAUUCUGGUAGUCCACCUGAUAAUUACCAGGCACCCCGCUGGACCUCACCAAUGCUGAAAUUCAAUCUUGGGGAGUUUGCUACUUCUUCCAUGGGAGGAUCAAGGUCAGAGGCCUUUUGGCUUCCCCACUCCAACGAGAGACGGUAUACUGCUAGAGCAUCUGCAACAUCUCACAGUUUUGGGUCCCCAUCCUCACUUCCUGAGUCUUGCCAGUGGGAAUUAUCUACAAAACAGUCUCUUUCUCUCCCCACUCGCAACUGCUCUGGUCGGCGCUCCUUUAUGUCAAAACCUGUUUACCCAUUAGUGUUUCGCAACCCUGUUUCAGACUGUGAAGCCUUUGGUGAUGCAGAGAGACCUAGCCUUGGCAGGCUCACACCGAGUGAUGAUCAGAUCCCACCAUCUCAUUGGCCUGACAGCAAUUCAAGUACUGAGCACAAGUUCCAUAGAAGCCUCACAGAGCUUCAAAAGUUGGAGACAUCGCCUGAUCCCAGUGCGAGCUCUAGAAGGGAGGGUUUCAGGUGGAGCAGUGCCAGUAGUUUUGACAUGGGGUUUGACGGAGAAACCUUUGACAUGGCGGAGCACAUGGAUGUAGAAAGCCAGAGAUCCCCUGUCUGUCCUGUGGGAGAUCAAAGGUGUGGAAUUUGCGGAAAACUUUUAUGGCAGAAAUCUCCAUGGAGUUCACAUCGAAUCAUGAGAGGUAGUGACAUGCCAAUUGCUGGGAUACUACCCUGCAGCCACGUGUUUCAUGCAGAAUGCUUGGAGCAAAUGACCCCAAAGGCCCAGAUUCAUGACCCUCCAUGCCCCAUGUGCUUGAAAACAAUUGGAACAUUGGAGGAAUCCCCGGCCGUGUCGGAACCCUUGCAGAUGGCUUUAAGAACAGUAAGGCGGAGCAGAGGGGUUGUGAUAAGUGGUGGCCAAGGAAACCACAGGAAUGAUGAAGCUUCAUGCAAUGACAAUGACAAAGAAAGUGUGAGAAGGAAGUGGCUUUGGACAGUGCCUCGCCCAAACGGGGGCAGUGGCUCCUUGCUAAAGAAUCAUCUUAAAAAGCAUUUCAAGUUUAAAGGGAAGAUGGGUCAAGAUUUCUUCAAUAGAAAGGUUUUCUGCAGGAAUGGGAAUGGGGCCUCAUCUUCUACCUCAGUCCAAUAGUUUCAUUUAUGUUAUUCACUUGAUUGUAGUUUUCACCGGGUGACAUUAGAAUUUUGUAGGAUUUUACAUGCGUGUUGAACUGGCUUUUUCUUUUUCUUUCUUUUUUUCAUUUUUUCUGUUUCCUUUUAGCCCUCUUGAGAUAUAAGCAUCUGGGAAAAAGCAUACUAGUUUUAAGAGUUAAGUUACCAAUUUUAAUAUUAAUUCCGAUCAAUGUAAGUUUUGGCUACUGUUGUUGGCGA